CUCAGGUAGCUGCCAAUAAAAUGUCAUUUUUUAGUGUUAUGCCUUCAGGAAAUGAGCUACUCAGUACCUCCCAAAUCAGCCCUCAACUAGCAGUUUCUUGUCUUUUGUGGCCAGUGGACAGAUCCGCUUUUCAGGCUCUGCAUUAAAGAAAAUGCCCGUGCUGCCUCUCUCUUUCCAGGGAGGUCUGGACUGAAAUUUUGCUCCCAGUCUCUAAGCAGUAGCAGAGAUGCGUCUUGUAAAGGCAGAAUCUGCUGGUGAAUGAGUGAGCAGGCUUUUUGGUUAAGAGGAUGGAAACAUCUCUAAACCCUCCAGAUGUUCCAUGAAGCUGGGGUUGCAAUGAUGGCAGAGGUUCCACUGACUGAAAACACUUCACAUGCACCUCAUGGGUUGAAAGAAAAGAAGAAAGGAAGGACUGAGGUCGUUCUUAGGGUGAUUCCUGUCAGCCCUACAAAAAGGCACUGAGAUGGGCUUCGAAGGAUAUUCCCCUUCACAGGUGACACAAGUGACAACGGCCGGUCAAAGAAAAGGAAAGGUCAGAGGAGGGGAUUGAGUGAGGAGCUGGGGCUGUGAAGAGCUUUGUGACAUUAUUUCUCAGAGUAAGCACAGGACUGCUUUUCUGAGCGUCACGGGGAGCUCUGGCUCUAAGCAUGCCUUUGUGCUGCCCGGGUUGGGCGGGACAGUCCAAGAAAGCUACCUGAAAGUGAAAGGCUCACUAAAAAUGCUGAGUUAUUUGCGGGAAAGCGCAGGGAAGAAUGACCUAAUUAGAGAAGUUUCUAACUUGUGCAAUAUCCCAAAGCCAUGUCUCAUAACACAAACACAGGGAUGAAGAAAGACCCUUGAAGAUAUUCCACUGAAGCAGAAUGAAUGAGAAUACUCCGUAGCCACUGUGCUGAGGGACUUGGUCUCAUUGCUCUUUGGACUUGAGUUACCCUCCCAGUGAGAGCCUCACCUGGUGGGCUGAGGUGAAGAGACUUGUGCAGGGUCAGGGAGGGAAGUAGGACAAGCUAGAGAAAAUUCAGUCUGCCUUCCUUCCCCUUGACCAGCAUCCCCUGCUCUGCUGACAGCAGAUUUGUUUUUCUGCUCCACUGAGAUAUCAGCACAAAAUUUGCAGUUUUUUUUCUUCCCUUGACCGUUUUCAGGCAGCCUGCAGCAGUAUGUGUGUGCAUCACGCCUCUCUGUCUCAGGCUGCUCAGGGCUGUUGCUGGUCCUGCGAGGCCACCAUCUGUCUCCGGUUCUGUUCAUCUUGACAUCUUCAUUGCAAGGAAACCAGCUGUGGGGGGGCCGAGGGGGGAGACCUGGUGCCAGCCAGCCCCAGGAUGCCAACCUGGCAUCGAACUGGCCCAGCCUGACAGCUGGUGCUGUGCAGGCAGCUCGGGGGCUGAGGCCUGCAGGAGCCAGCCCCUCAGAUGGCAGGCUGUGAAUGGGAGGGUAGGGGAGCUAGUCAGCAAUCAAAGGGAAAUGUCCUGCUGAUUGAUGGCCCUCAUUUGCACAUGAAACUGGGACCUCUCAGCCCUGCAGGCCUUGCACGUGUGUCUCAGCUGCUGUAAACAGGGCUGGGAGAGAAGAUAUGGAGGAGGGAAAAGCUGUCUGCCAGCUCUGGACACCUUAAGUGUGAGGCAGAGCACCCAGGAUUAUGGCAACUUCUUCCACCUUCUUCUCCGUGUUUCUUUUCCUGUGUGUGCUGGUUCUUUCUGACAUCAGUGUUGCAGUCUCCCUGGACCCUGGCACGAAGCUCAAAAAUGUUCCAGAGAACAACAACCAUCUUCAAAACCAGGAGAUGUGGCUGCAGCAGCCCAGAAGUGGGCACCACCACAAACACGGCUUGGCCAAGAAAGAGAGGGCCCACGCCAUGCCUCCUAGAGGGCAGCCGGCGGGGGAGGAGGCCCUCAGGACGGGUAGCGGAGCUUCAGCCAUGGAAGAACCGGCGGCAGGACAGCCAGCAGCCCUGAAACAGGACAAGGACGUGUUCCUGGGUUUUGAGUUCCCACAUCCCGAGAAGGAGAACCAGUCCCCUGGGUCUGAGAGAGGGAAGAAGCAGAACAGAGAACACCGGCGACACAGCCGCAGGGACAGGCUGAAACACCACAGAGGGAAGACUCCUGAUGCUGGGCCAAGCUCCUUGUACAAGAAGCCUGAAAGCUUUGAAGAACAGUUUCAAAACCUCCAGGCAGAGGAAGCUACAAGUCUGACUCCCACCACGCUUCUCUUCACUGCACUGGAGCUAGUUGUUUCCACAGAAGAGCCUCCUGUUCUUCCAGCCACGUCACCACGGUCACAGGCCCGGCUCAGGCAAGAUGGGGAUGUGAUGCCCACCUUAGAUAUGGCACUCUUUGACUGGACAGACUAUGAGGACCUCAAACCAGAAAUGUGGCCAUCAGCUAAAAAGAAAGAGAAACGCCGCAGUAAGAGCCCCAACAGUGGAAAUGAAACCGUGUCAUCAGAAGGAGAGCCGUGUGACCAUCACCUUGACUGCCUCCCAGGCUCGUGCUGUGACUUGCGUGAGCACCUCUGCAAACCACACAAUCGAGGCCUUAACAACAAAUGCUAUGAUGACUGCAUGUGCACAGAAGGGCUACGCUGUUACGCCAAAUUCCACCGGAACCGAAGAGUGACCCGGAGGAAAGGGCGCUGUGUGGAGCCCGAGUCGGCCAACGGAGAGCAGGGAUCAUUCAUUAAUGUUUAGGAGGGCGGGACUCUAUCUCCUGCCUGGACGGUCGGUAGCUGGGGUCAAACCGCUUAUACCUAGCAGCGGGGAUUAGAGAGAAAGUCAAGCAAAUGACUGAAGCUGCAGGACAGGCUCCAACAAGACUGAGGCUGGUGUUAAUCAUAAAUAGAGUGGUCUCAGCCUUUUCCAUACCAGGACUGUAUUCCCCCCCCCCCCCCUUGACCUGGGUCCCCCUCUCCCAGUUGGCUGGAGAUGGUCCUGCCUGCCAGUCUGAUGGCCCUGGCAGGGAAACGCUCUGCAGUUUCAUCUCCUCCUCUCAACAGAGUCAAGAUAUGAAAGAUCCUUCAGGUCAAGGGGGAGAGGUAAAGCUUAAGCCUUACCUUUCAGCUGUUGUUUGAGAAGAAACAUAGAUGCUCCUUAAGGAUCAGAGGUUCUUAGAGGAUAGGAAGCUUGUAGCCUCCAGGUGGAAACAAAAAUGGGAGAUGAAGAUGGAUCAGCAGGAAGCUGACUGCCUGGGUGAGAGGGGACCCUCUGACGUUGCUCUUGCUCUCUCCUUUGUUCACUGCUACAGGCAGAUAUUCCCUACCAGUUACACACUACCACUUCCUACCUGUCUUCUUUGGGACUAUCCGCUCCCAUCCCUUCCUGCCUCUCCUGCUCCCGCAGAACAACCUGGUUUCUGCAAGGACGUGACAUCCCAGCCUGCAGCUCUCACUCAUUAGUUAUCCUGCCAAGUCUGUUAUUUUUAAUGAUUAUUUUUAGGAGCUUUCUGGGGAAGUGAUAGUUUUCCUAGUGAGCCAAAAAUAAAGUUUUUGGUAACAGGAGAUAGGAACAGGCUGUUCCGUUGUAGUAAAUCCUGUGACAUGUUGCAUGUGUGUUUCCAUGAUAUGUAAAUAAAGCUAUGAUAGA